GUGCUUAGAGCUUGUAGUACUGCACAUUCAGAAGCUCCGACCUUUUAAGUUCGAAGAGUUUUCGCAUCCAAAACAUAAAUUUAACUAGGCAAGAUGACUAGCUUGGUAUCUGACCUUCUGACCAGUACUGAAGAUCUCCUCAAGACUACUGAUGUGACCAGUACCGAGGAGGAAAGCCAGGUCGAUGUGGAUGCUACCGAAACUGAGAACCAGAAAUUUAAUCCAGUUAAAACAAUUAUACACGGGUUCAAGCACUUCAAGACCAACUAUUACGACAAAAAUCCAGACCUGUUCGCUGAGCUUGCCCUGGGACAAAGCCCCAAGUUUUUGGUAUUUGCGUGUUCGGAUUCCCGAGUGAGUCCCUCGCAUGUUCUUCAUUGCCAACCUGGAGAAGCCUUUCUGGUUCGCAACAUAGCUAACAUGGUUCCUGCUUACGACCAGGUGAAGUACACAGGAACUGGAGCAACCAUUGAGUAUGCUGUUGAAGAACUCGGGGUAGAAAACAUUUUGGUGGUUGGACACAGUACUUGCGGGGGAAUAAAGAGGCUAAUGUCUUAUCCUGAGGAUGGUUCUGAUCCAUUGGUCUUUAUAGACGAUUGGGUUAAAAUGGCUGAAACUGUCAAGGCAAAGGUUAUUGCCGAAGCUGGCGAUGCUGAUUUCUCGGAACAAUGUGAACGUUGUGCAAGGGAAGCAGUAAAUUUCUCAUUGGCAAAUCUACUUACCUAUCCCUUCGUCCAAGAGGCAUACACGGAGAAGAAACUAGCACUUCGGGGUGCUUACUAUGACUUUAUCAAUGGAAGUUUUGAGCUCUGGGAGCAUGGUUCCGACGAUGUCCUUACAGUACCUUAGUUGCUCAAUUUGCAAGUCUGAAUAAGUGACCGCAAAUAAAGAUAGAAGAGAAGAUCGAACUCCAAGUGCUGCGUUUUGUCACAAUGCCUGUAUAAUGUUGCUGCAUUGUUCUGUUUUGAUUUUUCUUAUUGUAUUCUGUCAUUUCUUCUUUAUAUGUACUCCGCUAGCUAGCUUGUUCAAUUUAUAUUUCUUGAAUUCUGUCAUUUCUUCUUUAUUUGUACUCCGCUUUCCUGAGUUGUGAGUUCCUCUGUUGUUUACGAUCGACAACAUUAAUUCACAACCACUUCACUCAAUGCAAUGUUAAAACGCAGACUAAUCGUAUUAUACAAAGGGCUUUCUGACUUUGAAAAUGAAGUAUAUAUAUACAAUUUUGAUCCUAAUUAUUAUCCAUGAUUAACGACAGAAACCAUUCUCUGUCGAAUUGGAAACUUCCGUAUAAUAAAGUCACAUUAGCUAGCCAUUCUCAUGUCAUGUUAGAUUAAUUCCAAUAUACAAAUGUGUAGUGGAUCAUAAUUGAAUUAAGAUGCUUUGAAAGAAAAUGAUGCAUUUGGCCAAUAU